AGAGUGAGACCUCCUGCUCCCGGUGCUCUGACAGCUGUGUGUAACGGAAGACAUUUUGAGCUGCUGCGGUCGGUCUGCUCCGUUAUUCGAGUGUCAGCCUGAAGUCGGGGCUGACGUGUUGGAGAGUCGGUCUCCAGACUAAGCCGUACUCGGUGAAAAAAGACGCGGUUCAAAGAAAACGGUCGUAGUUUAUCGGCGUAUGUGUAGCCCAGCUAGCUAGCUUAGCGCCUCAAAAGCUAGCAAAGUCCUAGAUGCUAGUUAGUUAGCGUCACCUAGCUGGCCUGCCCUCCUCCUCCUCCUCCUCCUCUUCCUCCUCCUCCUCCUCCUUCUUCACCUCCUCCUCGACAGCCGGUCCCUCACCAGACACAAUGGCUUUAAAACGAAUUUCCAAGGAGCUGACCGAUCUGUCCAGAGAUCCUCCGGCUCAGUGCUCGGCCGGGCCCGUCGGUGAAGACAUGUUUCAUUGGCAAGCUACUAUAAUGGGGCCUCCUGACAGUCCCUACCAGGGUGGAGUAUUUUUCCUGACUAUUCAUUUCCCUACAGAUUAUCCCUUCAAACCACCCAAGGUCGCCUUCACAACCAGAAUCUAUCACCCAAAUAUUAACAGUAACGGCAGCAUCUGCUUGGAUAUAUUGAGAUCACAGUGGUCUCCAGCAUUAACUAUCUCAAAAGUCCUUUUGUCCAUUUGUUCUCUGUUAUGUGACCCAAACCCUGACGACCCGCUAGUGCCAGAGAUCGCCCGCAUCUACAAAACAGACCCUGUUAGGUACAACAAGACAGCUCAGGACUGGACCCAGAAAUACGCCAUGUGAUCCUCCCCUCCUCCUCCUCACUGCUGGAAUAAACUGUUUGAUUUCCUCAUGUGGCCACGCCCCCUCUCAUCAGACAAUAACAGCAAUUUGUUCACGUUGUUUUCUCCCCAUCCUCAAUUUUAACGCUUUUAAAUCCUUCCUGCCCCGAAGGGCCGAGGACUCUGAGCUGUGAAUGUGCCAACCGCAAAACAAAAACCCCGAUCCAGAGCGGGCUCCCUGCAGACCGCCUGAAGACAGACCUGUUACAAUAAUAAACUGCAGGAGAGAAUGAAUAUAUAAUAAUAAUAAUAAUAAUUUAAUGCAUGUCAGUGAUUGGUUCCUGUGCUGCUGAGAACAGAUUCUCCUCGUCAGCUUUUCUCUGGUUUGUUCUGUUGUUGUGUUUUUGUUUUUAGAGACGAGCCGUUAGUUCAUCCGUCACCUCCACACUGUUCUCCUCUUUUUGCACUGAAGACGAAACUCCAGCUCUCGACGGCUGAUCGAUCAACUAAUCGCUCUGUCCUGUUUUUCUCAAUAAAGUCGAACAAAUUGCA